CUUCUCUCUUAACAGCUGUUCAAUUUUGGUUUGUUCUAAAUAGCUUUUGGAGUUGACUUUGUGUUUUCGAGAUACUUAUUUUACGAAACAAUUUGGUAGUAAAUGUGUAGAAAAUGAAAGACAAAACAGCGGGAAAUGAAAAAGUCGAGUUAAAAAGGGAACUAGGAUUUCUAGGAGCAACGUCCAUCGUAAUCGGCAGUAUCAUUGGUUCUGGAAUCUUCAUCUCACCUAAGGGCGUCCUUGAAGCCAGUGGAUCUGUAGCGCUAUGUAUGAUUGUCUGGGUAAUUGCCGGGAUUAUUGCCCUUGGUGAGGCCUUUUGUUACGCUGAACUUGGUACACUAAUACCCAAAUCUGGCGGUACUUACACUUACCUCUUUCUCGGCUUUGGGAGGUUUGUUUCGUUUCUGUAUAUCAUUCAGUCCACUUUGAUUAUUAUUCCUGGACUGUUUGUGGUCUACAUGCUGACCUUCGCCAAGUACCUGGUCUCUCUUCUUCCCAUCUGUCAAUCAUCAGAGCAGCUAGAGAAGCUCAUUGCUGCCACUGUUCUUAUUACCCUGUACCUUGUUAACUGUUUCGGCACUCGCUACAGUGCUCACUUUUCUAUUGUUACAACCUUCUGCAAGUUACUGGCUCUAGCGGUCAUAAUAGUCGCCGGUCUGGUGGCCAUCGCACAAGGAACCACCAGUGAACUAGGAACAGGUUUUUCUGGAACUUCACGACAGCCCGCGUCUUUAGCCUUAGCUCUCUACAGCUCCAUCUGGGCCACAGCAGGAGGGGACGACUUGACCCGAGUGGUUGAAGAGGUCAAGAACCCUUCAAAAAAUAUUCCACGAGCUCUGAUUUUCGGAAUACUUAUCGUGGUUAUCAUGUAUCUACUGACCAACAUUGCUUAUCUUUCUGUGAUGACCAAAGACGAGAUGGUUAGCGUCAGAGCCGUGGCUGUGCUUUUUGCUGAGCGUGCUCUAGGCCCUGCUGCUAGUAUUAUCCCAUUGGCUGUAGUUGUUUCAACUUUAGGGAUAACAAGCGUCAGUAUGUUGAGCGCCAGCAGAAUGCCUUAUGUCGCAGCAAGGGAUGGUGUCUUGCCAGAUCUUCUAAGUUACAUUCAAAUUGAUUGGCUGACCCCGGUGGGCGCCAUGACAACGCUGCUGUCCAUGUCCCUCCUGUGGCUUGCCUUUGGUGAGAUUGGCUCAAUCAUCAACUACCUCGGUUUUCUGGGAACUAUUUUUAAAAUCGCCAUUUACGUGGCUUUGAUCAAAUUCCGAUACAGGUCGUUUAAUCACGUCAAGAGAGCCGUAAAGGUCCCGCUACUCUUGCCUGUCCUGAUGAUACUGAUGAACAUUUACCUGUUUCUCGCCCCUUUAAUCAUCGAGCCACAGAUUGAGUACGUCUAUGUAGGGGGCGGUUUUAUCGUCUGUGGUUCUUUGUUGUACCUCGUCUUCAUACACUUUCACUUCAGGCUGCCAUUUUACGAUAAAUUUGUGACUUCAGUUCAACUCAUCUGUCGACUGUCUCCACCCACAAAGUUGGAAAUCUAA